UGAAGCCUCUGUCAGUAUAAUCUCGCACCAAACUAUAAAGGAACUAGGCCUUAAAAUUGAAGAGCUAUCAAAAAGCCUUAUUGUUGUUGCUACUAGCACCACCUCCAGACCUCUUGAAAUUAUUAGAAAUUUGCCUAUUAGAAUCCAAGGCCAACUUAUUCUCUUGGAUGUAGAAGUUGUACUUGCCAUCUCUUAUUCUAUUUUACUUGACUGUCUAGACAACCAAUACUAUAGCUGUAAUGAAUUUGGCCACAUCGAAAUUAAAUGCACUCUUGCCCAACUCAAGCUUGACAAUCUGACUUACAAAUAUGGUUAUAACAAAAACCAAAUAGAAGAAAGAAGAAUGACCUACUAUAGUAGAAGAAGAACUCAUCAUUGUUGUCAUUGUCAUGCUUCUCAGCAAUCUGACAAAUUAUACAAAUUAGAAGAAAAACUUGCUUGUAUUGCUUAUUAUAAAACAUACUAUGAAGCUCUAGACCCAGAAGAUUCCAGAAGCCAGGAAUAUUACAAUACAGGACUUGGUAGAGAAACCCUUGUUCAAUGCAAACUUUGUAAUACUCAGAAACCUAGAUCAAGAAUGUAUAAUAUAAAAAGCAUACGAGAAGAAUUGUGGUUCUGUAAAUUAGAACACAU